ACUAAUUCAUUCAAUAAUUGUCGGAUUUUCAUCGCUUUAUAUUCUAUCACUGGACCAAUCAAUCAUAUGGCAAAUGUCGGACAAUAAUAGUGAGACAACAACGGUAUCGAUGCCAUUGAUAUGCAUAUCAAUCGGCUAUUUCAUCUACGAUCUGCUACUAUCGUUAACCAAUCUACAAUAUCCGGGUCGUAUAGAAAUCAUUGUCCAUCAUCUGAUCAGUCUAUGGUGUCUUAAUGUUUGUCUACUAGAAAAACGAUUCAUCAGCUACUCGUUGAUAGCUAUGACUGUGGAAAUAUCAUCGGUAUUCAUACACAUACGUGAAAUGCUAUUGUUAGCCAAUGUUACCAAUAAUCAGACCGCCAUCGUCUAUAAGACCAACUCAUUGAUCACUGUUUUCACGCUAAUAGUAUUCCGAUUUACGCCAUUAACCUGGAUCAGCUAUCAGCUAUACAGGGAAUGUCAUCAAAUCGAGAUAUCCUAUCUGAUAAUGGCUGUCCUAUUUGUGCUGACCAUCUAUUUGGUAACUGUUGUCGUAUUUUAUAGAGUAAUUGCUGCCGAUUUCAAUGUCUGCCUAUUGAAAACAAUUUCAAUUAAUCUAAUGAUAGCCAAUGUUGUCAACAAAGUUCACUAUCAAUAUACGGAAAAAUUAGGAAAAUUAUUUAAAUGA